GCAGUCAGCUGGGCGAUGGAAGGGAGUUUAUAUUAGAAAAGGAAAACUAUAGAGAAAAAAAAGAUAAAAAAUAUACGGCGUAGCUUCACUUUCUUAAAUUUUUCUUGCUAAUAAUUAAUAAAACAAGUUAUUUGUGUAGCUUCUGAUAAAAUUAUAAAUUGUUUAUACAUUAUUUUUUUUUAUUUAUUAAAAGUAGAUGUUGUAAGUGACAGUGAUAGUGCAUAAUAAACGUGCUUAAGUUAAAAAAAUGGAAACAAUAUAAAAAGAUAAACAAGUCAAUGGUUACCGUGUUUAACCUCCACAGUGCCUACUGAUUGUCACUACAUGUUUGUUGAAAUUUGAAAAAAAUAUAUUGUUUAAUGUUGGGAGUCAAGAUAAAAUUUAUAUCCUCAUGUUGAUACUCAUUGAGCUUUGAAUCAAUCUAAAGAUUACAAAAAUAUCAUAUGCAAAAUAACAAAACAUAAAAUAAUAUAAAAGAAAUUAUCUGAAUUAUGGAGCACAUUGAAGCUCAGUGUGUGAUUUGUUUACAAGACGCAGAUGAAAAAAUUAAAUUUUUUAAUUUCGAUAAAUUAAACCGAUGGAAUAAAAUUUUAAGAGCUAGAAAAUUUCAUAAUUUGAAAUAUAAUAAUGUUAUUUUUCCAAUUGAACCCAAUGAAAAAGAUGGUUAUCAUCCUUCUUGUUCAAAAACUUUUAUUGCAUUGCACAAACAUUAUUUGAAUGAUGUACCUGAUGAACCUUGUGCAUCUACAUCAUCAGAAGCACAAGAUAAUUGUCUUAACAAUAAUGAUGUUUCUAGUGAUAUUACAAGUGUUGAUGAUGAACUAUCUGAAUCUGAUCUACUCACAUGUUUAUUUUGCAACAAGAAAAAUAAAUAUUUAAAUAGAAAAAGAGAGAAACUUGUUCAAUGUAGUUUUGAGUCAUUUAUGAAAAUAAAAAAAAAUGCUGAACAGACUAAGAAUGAAAGUAUUUUACGUAAAUUGAUACAUUCUAGGCAGAAUGAUAAUUUUUUAUACCAUCAUACAUGUAAGUAUAAAUAUGACAAAGCAGUAAAAGCAUCUAUGGAAGAUCCUGUGAUUACUCCGACUAUGGAAUAUAAAAAUAAUUAUAAAAAAGCUUUUACAGAAACUAUAAAAUUAAUUGAGUGUGAAGUAAUUGAAAAAAAAAAACCAAUGCUUUUGUCUUCUGUACUAAGAUCUUUUGAAGAUUAUUUAUCUGAAUUAUCAAUUAACGAAAAUACAUAUAGUUAUCAUGCGAGAUAUUUGGAAAAUAAAAUUAUCCAAAAACUUGGUGCUGAAAUUGAGAUAAUAAUUAAAUUUAAAGUAAAAAUAAUAGUGCCUAUAUCAGAUAAUAUAAUUGAAGAUGAAAUUUUUCAAAUACUCGAAGACAAGGAUAUAAUUCAAAAAGCAGCUGUUAUCAUUAGAAAAGAAAUUUUUAACAUGCAAACACAAAAAAUACCAGCUGAAGGUGUAACAGUUGAUCAUAUUUUGAAUGGUGAGUGUUCCAUACCAGAAAAUCUUGAAAGUUUUAUUACGACAGUUACAUGUUCAGUAAAUAAAAGACAAACAAAUUUAAGUAAAAUGACGAAAAUUGAUGCUAUUGCUGAAGACUUGAUUUUUACAACUUCAAAUGGAAGGAUUAAACCCUCUAAGCACAUAACUUUAGGCCUUAAAAUUUUGAGUAAAGCUAAUGGUAGAGCUGUGGUUGAUAUUUUAAACCAAUAUGGUCACUGUUGUUCUCAUAAAAUUCUAAAAGAAAUAGAGACACAGUUAACACCUGCAGAAAUAAAGAGAUUGCAGUUAUGUCCAGCUGGUAUACCUUUGGUACCUUCCUCAAGCACUGAAGUUGCAUUCAAUAAUUCUGAUAAAUUUGUUGAAACAGCUAGUGGUGAAGAUACAUUACAUGAUACUCAAGGUGUUAUUUUUCAAUCUAUGCAAUUAGAAAAUCUAUAUAAUAAUGAAAUACCAGCUACUACAGAAAAUAAUUGUACAUUUGAUGAUACAGAAAAUAGUUAUACACUUGAAGAAGAUGAUACAUUAAUACAAGCUACUACAGAAUAUAGUUGUACACUCGAAGAAGAUGAUACAUCAAUACCAGCUACUACAGAAAACAGUUGUACACUUGAAGAAUAUGAUACAUCAAUAAAUACAAAUGUUAUUUCAACAGUAAAUAAAAAAAGAAAAUCAUCUGAAAGAAUUAGUUUUGACAUUGCUGAAUACCUAAAAAUACCAAGAAUGAGUGAAAAAUUAGCAUUGAUUCCAGACGAAGUAACUGAUUGUACAAAAACAAUUAAUUUUCAUUCUAAUUUCAAUUUAUUGUGGGUCAUUAGCCAUGCUAUGAGAGUUGAAAAUUUACCAAUGUGGAUGGAAUUUAAUAGUUGGUUUAACAGUGAUGAUACAAUGUUACAAAAAGUUUGGGAUAUUACUCCAAUAAAUGAAUCACCAACAUCAAAAGAAAUUGUACAUCAUACCUUGGAACAGUGUGUAAAAAUUGCUGAAGAAUUACGUCAAAAAUAUAUCCAAGUGACAUAUGAUUUAUCUAUUUGGCAAGUUGCAAGACAAAUAUUAUCAAGUGAUAAAGAAAAAUUUCAAAACAUUUUUUGUCAUAUGGGGGGAUUUGAUCUUGACAUGGCUUUUAAACAUGCAAUAGGAAAAUUUCAUGAAGAUUGUGGUAUAACAUCAAUAAUGGUUGAAAGUGGAAUAAUUGCAAGUAGUUCUGUUGGUAGAUUUAUCAGUGGAAAGGAUUAUAAAAUAUGUAAGCGAUUGUAUCCAAUUACUUCAUUGGCUUUACAAAUUUUACAUUUUAAAUCAUUUUUAAAACGAAAAGCAAUUGACGUUAACAUACAUAUGAUAAACGAGUUGACAAAUGUUAUUGAUGAACAUAACUUUGAUUUAAUAAAUCCAAAUGGAUCAAUUGGCUCGAUAAUUAAAGAAUAUUCGAAAUAUAUAGAAGACACAGAAGCAGGUGUAUAUGGCAAAACACCUCAAUUUUACAUGACAUAUAUUAAAUUAAUUGAUUAUUCUUUGAUUUUAUCUAAAAGUAUUCGUACAUCAGACUUUGAAUUAUAUAAAUACAUUUUACCAAAGAUAAAUAACUUGUUUUUUUGUAUGAACAAUCUCAAUUAUGCUCGUUGGUUGGUACAGUAUACAAGUGAUUUGUGUAAUGUUGAUAAUACUCAUCCUGGAUUAAAAGAAGAAUUUGAAAAAGGUUCAUUUAAUGUCAAAAGAACACAUAAACCAUAUUCAAGACAACCAAAUGAUAUAACAUUAAAACAAACCAUAAAUGCUGAUGCUGGAAAACGACUUACUGAAAUAAGUCAUUUCAACAAUUCAAUUGAUUGUCGACAAAGUUGGGCCAAAAGUAAAAUUUUAAUUUCUUCUAUAAUAUCACAUGUGAAUGAUUCGAUUGGAUUAAUAAAAAAACAAAACGUAUUAUCAGAUUUAGAAUUAAGUAAAAUAAAAAAAAAUAUUAACACAAUGAAUCAGUUUAAGACUACACUUGAAAAAAACAUGGAUCCAUUUGAUUUAAAUAUCCAAACAGAUUUAUUAUUCAAUAUAUCAAGUGGUAAAGCAGCAAAAAAUAGAACAACACAAUUUUUAUUAUCUGUCGAAGAAAGUGGAAGGAAAUUACGUGAAAAAUUUAUAAAUGAGUGUGCUAUAAACCCUGAUCGAUUAGAACAACCAAUUAAAAAAAACCAAAUUUUUAAUUUUUCAUCUGAAAAUAUUAAAAAAAAAAUAAAAGUUGCUAAUAAAGUUCAAGAAAUCAGAAUGCAACGUAAUCUUUUUGGACGUUUGUUGGAUAUUUCGUUAGAAUUGGAUGUUGAUAUCAAAGAAGUAAUUUGUUUUCCUAUUACUCCAGUGCCUAUGUCUUUAUGUCAUCUUGAUGGUAAAAUAAAUAAGUGUCAAAAGUCUACCUUAACAGAAUGUUUGGAAGAAGAGCUUAAAAUUCAUAUGAAAAAACACGAAGAAACUAUUCGUUUACCAGAUUUUUCAACAGUAAUCAUUGAUGGUUUUGAUUUGUUGCAUCAAAUUGUUGAUGCACCUAAAUCAUUUGGAAACUUGGCCAAAAUAAUUUUACAAAUGGUAGUGAGAAAUAAAGCAUUGAGAAUUGACGUUAUUUUUGACAAAUAUUUUUCUCCAUCAAUAAAAAAUAUUGAACGUGAAUUAAACGAUGGGUUUGAAGCUCCAUACAUUAUAUCUGGACCAGAUCAAACAAGAACAACUGAUUUUAAAAAAGAAUUACAAAAUAGUCAAUUUAAAGAUGCAUUGGUUGAAUUUUUAAUAAGUUAUUGGUCUUCACAAGAAAUGAGGCAAAUAAUUGGCAAUAAAUCAAUUUAUGUUAACCAUGAAAAAUGUUAUUCUUAUUUCUGUAGAGAUAAUGAAGUAAUUUUUAAUCAAGAAGAAGAAUUGGAAUGUCCUCUCCAUGAGGAAGCAAAUACGAAAAUGGUUCACCAUGUAAUGAAAAUCCGUACACCUUGUAAUAUAUUAUUAAAGUGUAAUGACACUGACACUUUAGUGAUCAUGCUGACCAACAUGAGUCGACAAAAAACUAAUUCAAAUAUUUGGAUGCAAAUUGGUACAGGCAAUACAUCGAGAUAUAUCAAUGUUACUAAGAUGAAAAAUGUUUUGACUCCGUCAGUGUGUACAGCAUUGCCAGGGUUACAUGCUUUCACUGGAUGUGAUUAUAACCCAGCAUUUUUUGGAAGAGGUAAAAUAAAACCUUUUGAAGCUAUGAUAAAAUCUGAAAAAUAUCAGAAAGCUUUUUCAUCAUUUGGAGACACUCCAAACCAAGAAAACUUUGCUAUUAUUGAAGAAUUUAUUUGUGACUUAUAUGGUAUUUCUGAUGCUCAAAAAGUAAAUGAUGCACGGUAUAUUGAAUUUAUGAAAAAUUAUAAACCAAGUGAUACAAAAGAAAAAUUUAAAAAAAUAGUAAAAAAUAUAGAUGCAUCAAAUUUACCACCUUGUAGAAACGAGCUGUAUCAACAAUACUUACGUGCCAAUUACAUAGCAAGUAUUUGGAACAAUGCUUAUCUGAAAAAUCCAACUACAUUGGAACCUGAUGGUAAUGGUUGGACAAUGGGCACUGAAAAAUAUGAGUUUGUGUGGUUCGAGGGUGAACAAUUACCGCAGUUAACAAAAGAUGUUAUUAUUCAACCAGAAUUAGAUUAUGAUAAUGAUGAGCAUUCUUAUUUAUCAGAGGAUGAUUUAAAUGACAGUGAUGCUGACUAAUGAUUUCUUACUACACUUUUUUAUAAUUAUUAAGUUUGUAAUUGUGUUUAUGAUAUUGGACGUGAAAGUUUACUUAAAAUUCAAUACAGUAUUGAAGUCAAUUUUUAAUUGAAAAAAAAAAAUUUAAUAAAUAGUUUUUUCAUAAGUUGAAAUGUACACUUGCCUAUCAAUAUUAUAAAAAAUAUCACAUUUCAAUAUGUAAAAAAUUUGAAAUAAACAGUAAUAAUAUUUUUCUAA